AUGGCGCAAAUUCGCGGCACUGCGGGAUACAAUCUCGGUCACCAGAACCCUUUCCAGGGUCCCGGUCGGGCAGAUGCAACCGACGACCCGAGCCCCUUGGAUGCCAUUCGGGAGCAAACCAGCAAAAUCGAGGAUUGGUUGGACACCGUGUCGGAUCCCGUGAAGCCCUACCUGCCUGCCAUUGGUCGUUUCCUGAUCGUGGUCACCUUCAUUGAAGACAGUCUUCGCAUCCUUACGCAAUGGAGCGACCAGCUUCUCUAUCUCCGUGAUUACCGAAAAAUCCCUUGGGGUAUUACCCACACCUUUUUGAUUGUCAACGUUAUUGCAAUGUCGAUAUGCUCUUUCCUCGUUGUUACUCGCAGACACACCGAAAUCGCCGUCGCCGGUCUGCUGGGCGUGGUUGUCACUCAGGGCCUCGGAUACGGACUUAUCUUCGACCUCAACUUCUUCCUGCGUAACCUCAGCGUUGUCGGCGGUCUUCUCAUGGUGCUCUCUGACUCGUGGGUGCGCAAGAAGUUUGUGCCCGCCGGAUUGCCCCAGCUCGACGAGAAGGACCGCAAGAUGUAUGUCCAGUUCGCCGGUCGCGUGCUCCUGAUCUUCCUCUUCAUCGGAUUCGUCUUCUCGGGUCAGUGGACCAUGUGGCGGGUGAUUGUCAGUUUGACCGGUUUCGUCGCUUGCGUCAUGGUCAUUGUCGGAUUCAAGGCCAAGUGGAGCGCGAUCAUGCUGGUUGUCUUGCUCAGCAUCUUCAACGUUUUGGUCAACAACUUCUGGACGCUCCACCCUCACCACCCUCACAAGGACUUUGCCAAGUACGACUUCUUCCAGAUCUUGUCCAUCGUUGGCGGACUGCUCCUUUUGAUUAACAUGGGUCCCGGCCAACUGAGCAUGGAUGAGAAGAAGAAGGUUUACUAA